GAUUGCAGCUUUGCACCUUCCUUGUUUCUGUCGAGCUUCUUGGGAGGUUGGCUCUUUCACAUGGUCAGCAUCAACAGCACCCAAGGACUGCUGCCUGAUUUUGAUGCCUGAUUGGGUGCUAGCCGACCAAGCAAGCAAUUGUAAAUGCACUCACUGGCAGCAACUAAAGUUUAGUGGGGGAGACUGCCAAUAAUGAAACACAGCAAGAAGAGGCUACUGCGAACAUUUACAUCUUCCGUCUCCUAAUUCCUGCCGGCGAUUCCGUUUCCACUUUCGACGUCACUGAUGCUCCAUUUGUUGAGCGACCGAGUCAACGACGACAGCGAAUAGCUGCAGCCGUCAGCCAUCGCGAGGCUGUGUUGCGACCGUCCUAUCGAGCCGAUUCCUGAUUGGACCCCAAGACGAAAGGCCGCAAGACAUGCAGCACUGCGGGCUCGUCAAGCCAGCCUGGUUGGCCCGCUCCCGAGCCCCGUCGGUCAAAACUCCGUUUGUCCCCGCAUGCCGCGUCCCAGAGCUCCCCGGUCGGCAUCCAAAGACCACUAGGGCUCCAUCGUGCCAUCAUCACCAUGGGCCCGGCGCCGGCAAAGGAUGAUUAGGGUUCCCGAAAAGAUCGUGCCGCGCAGUGGGGUGUUGGCGAUGAGUUUGAAGUUCUUGCGGUGGAUACGAGCCACAUACAGUAGCAACCAGCAACGGGAAGGGGACCGAAGGGAUUAUGGGACCUCGUUUGGGCGGCCCUUUCGUAUGCUGUCCGUCCUCACCGUCCCCAGCCGCCUUUUCGACAUUUGGUGA